CUCAAGAUGGCUCGCACUACGCUCUCAAUCGCUCUCGUCGCUACCGCUGCCGCUGUCGUGAGCGCUCGGCCGACGUACGUCGCUCGCCUCCCCAACGGUGACAACGUCUCCGGGGUGGCGGCCCUGGGCCACGUGGACCCUGCUGGCGGCGGCGCCAACAACGACUUCGGUCUGGACUUCGCCAGCGCUGGCGACGAGUGGACGGCGGAGUUCUGCCAAAAGGACUCGGACGGCGAUGGCCAGACCAACGGCCAGGAGCUUGGAGACCCCUGCUGCGAGUGGAGCGUAGGAUCAACCCCUCGCUGGACGUCGGGUGUCUCGCACCCGGGC